AUGCUGCCUUUAGACCACGUCUACCCCACGCCAAACGUUGAUGUUCUCAGCUGCCCAUGCUUUGCUGAGGUCUAUCCUCCCUCCGAAGAUUCAUUUCUUUUCCUCGAUGCUUUGGAGACAGAUGUGAAUUUUAUCAGGGGACAAUUAAAACCAGCCUGUGCUGCAUCAAAACAAGUGUUUUGUGUAAAUACCUCUCGUUACCUCAUGGAUGCUGUUUGUUGUGAUCUUCUUACAUCCAUUCGAUCCUCUCCUCAAGGAAUAGCUGACAUAGUGCUUUUUAAUCCGCCAUACGUGCCUACAGGAGAAGAUGAAUUGAUGGAUGCUAAGUCAACCAUAUCAUCUGCAUGGGCGGGUGGAGUCAAUGGCAGACAGCUGUCACCUGUCUUGACAAAAUCUGGGGCACUUUAUAUCCUUUUGCUCAAACAGAACGAGCCUGAAUUGGUGUCAAAGUUCAUUCGGGAUGCAUCUGGCGGUCGUCUCUCAGCUUCUGUACGUAUAAUUCAGCGGCAGUGUGGAAACGAACAGCUUUCAGUCAAACAUGCUCCUAGGAACUGGGUAACU